AUGACUGAUUUGGAGGCUGAAGCAGCAACAGAAACAGAAGGAGUUGGUCUUCAUGGUGAUGGAUACUCGAGUGAAGAAAAUGAUGAAUCUAUAUAUCAUGAUUACGAGGGAUACAUCGACGAAGGUGAUGCAACACAUAAAUGUGAGCAUUGUGGGGCUAUCAUGUGGUAUGGUGAGCGCAUAAACAGGAAGAGAUAUGCCCGUAAACCUAAAUUUUCAAUGUGUUGUGGGCACGGUCAGUGGACCGCUCUUGGUGGGAAAGUGGACCGCUCUGUUAAAAAAGGUAUUGGCCCUCAGAUGUUUCAGAUUCAAGGAGAGAACUACCAUUUGAUGGGUAGUCUAAAGCCACCAAACGGUGAACCCAAUUUUGGUCAUCUUUAUAUUGUUGACACAGAAAAUGAGAUAGUCAACCGAUCUGGUAUUCUCGGAAAAUACAAGAAAUCAACUGAAAAAGCAAGGAAAGAUGAACUUAGGAAAAAAGUUAUACAGGCGUUAAUGGCUAUGAAAGACGAGUGCAACCCCUAUGUCCAUCAAUUUAGAUCAGCACGUGAUCGAUUUGACACUAAUCCUGACCAGACAUUUCAUAUGCGUAUCAUUAGUAGUCGAGAGAAAGAUGGAAGAACAUAUGAUACUCCUACCGCAUCUGAAGUAGCUGCACUAAUUCCUGGAGAUUUCAAUUUGGACAUGGAUAAAAGGGAUAUUGUGUUGCAAGAGAAACAGACGGGAUGGCUUAAGAGGAUUAGUGAAAUUCACCCUGCUUAUCUGGCUCUUCAAUAUCCUCUGAUCUUUACAUAUGGUGAAGAUGGGUUCAGACUUGGGAUUCAAAAGAGGGAAACGGACGCAACAGCAAAGCUAAAGAGGAUGGCACUCAGCAUGAGACAAUGGUAUGCGUUUCGUUUACAAGAAAGAGAGAAUGAGUGUCAUACUCUUCUCCAUUCGAGAAGAUUGUUUCAGCAAUUUUUGGUCGAUGGUUAUACAACAAUUGAGGCGAACAGGCUGUUUUACCUUAGAAUGAACCAGAAAAGUCUCAGAUCGGACAGCUAUGACUCUAUCCAACAAGCUGAAAACUCGGGCAAAACAGAUAUGCAUGACCAAGGAAGUCGAUUUGUGCUACCAGCAUCCUUUACGGGAGGAGCAAGAUACAUGAAGAAUAUAUAUUUAGAUGCCAUGGCUAUCUGUAAAUAUUUUGGGUUUCCUGACUACUUUAUAACAUUUACUUGCAAUCCUAAAUGGCCGGAGAUCACCAGGCAUCUACAACCCAGAAAGCUUACUGCUGAAGAUAGGCCAGAGAUUCUCUCCAGAAUCUUUAAAAUCAAAUUGGAAUCUCUUAUGACAAAUUUAACAUGUAAACAACUUUUGGGGAAGACAUCUUCGGCAAUGUAUACGAUUGAGUUCCAGAAACGUGGCCUACCCCAUGCACACAUUCUGUUAUUCAUGCAUCCUUAUUCCAAGAUUAGAACAAACGAUGACAUUGACAAAAUCAUCUCAGCAGAAAUUCCAGAUAAAGAAAAAGACCCAGAGCUUUAUGAAGUGGUUAAGGACAUGAUGAUCCAUGGUCCUUGUGGAGCUGCUAAUUUGAACUCCCCAUGCAUGGAGAAUGGACAAUGUUCGAAGCAGUAUCCUAAGCCUCAUGUUGAAAAAACAUAUGUGAACAAGGAAGGAUUUCCAGCUUAUAGAAGAAGGAAAGAGGGGAAUGGAUUUAUAGAGAAAAAAGGAUUCAAGUGUGACAACACCCAUGUCAUACCUUAUAACAAGGAGUUGUCUCUUCGUUAUCGAGCUCACAUUAAUGAUCGUGUUACUGUUACUGUUGCUGUUGAACCUCCAGAUAAUGGUUCGUCGAAAGAAAAUAGUUAUGUACCAGCAGAUGUGAGUGCGCCUAAUUCUGAGACUUGCACAAAUGCAGCUUCAAAAGAAGAGAGUAAAAAUGAGAUCAAAGACUUUUUUAACUGCAGAUAUGUAUCUGCAAGUGAAGGUGGAUGGAGGAUCUUUCAGUUCCCAAUACAUUAUAGAUCAACUCCAAUUGAUAGAAUACAAUUUCACCUACCAGGAAAACAGAUCAUUGUUUUUAAGGAUGAUGACACAUAUGAAAAAGUGACCAGCCGAAAGCUCAUUGAAAAUACUAUGUUUCUGAGCUGGUUCGAAUUGUGCAAGGUUAGUGAAGUUGCUCGGACUCUGACUUUAGCUGAGAUUCCAACAAUGUUUACUUGGAAUAAAAAGGAGAAGAACUUUCAUGAUAGAAAGAAAGGAUUUAAUAUUGGGAGAAUCAAUUAUGCACCACGUAAGAUCGAAGAAGCUUAUUACAUGCGUGUCUUGCUAAACAUUGUUAAAGGUCCGUUUGAGGAUAAGGACAUAAGAACUUUCAACGGUGUUGUUUAUGAAACAUAUAAAGAGACAUGUUUGCAAGAGGGCUACUUGAAGCUGAUCAAGAAUAUAUUGAUGAGCUUGUGA